AAAGUGUUUAAGAAAAUAUGCUAAUCUGGGGGGGAAAAAAGCUUGUGGAAUGUAACACUACCCUUGUUUUAAUUUAUUAAUUUGGUGGAACUUGAGUUUCGUUUUUCCUCCUUUGAGGAGUCUGACGUCGAUUUUGAUUGCGCCCAUAUUUCUGAUUUACGGUUUGUGGGUCGUUUCAAUACAUUUACCGGAAAAUCGGGAAUACGGGCGCUCCAAACUUUUGUUUACCAGGUGCGGUGUUAUUGACCGCGGCUGGAUUUAUAAUUUUGUUUUUCAUCCUCUUAGCAGAAAGGGAUUUUACUUUAAUGACGAAUUAGGUUUUUGACAAAGCUGAGAAGGUGUAUCGUCAGGUUUGACUUGAACCCAAAAGGCUUCGUGUCUCCUCGUCAUGUCGGAGUUGAACGAGAGUGAGCUUUCUCUGCUCAGUCUGGAGGACGAGCUGACCUGCAGCAUCUGUCUGUCCACUUUUGACUGUCCAGUGACCAUUCCCUGUGGACACAACUUCUGCCAAGACUGUCUUCUGUCCACCUGGACAGACACCUACAGCUGUCCUCAGUGCUGCAGCCACUUCCCCACCAAACCUGAGCUGAAGAAGAACAGUGUCCUCGCUACUGUAGUCCAGACCUUCAAGAUGGAACAGACUAGGGGCGAGGACAUCCAGGGAGAAGAGGAUCAAGUUCAGAAAAAAGGCUUCAUACAUUGUGAUACCUGUAUGGAGGCAGAAGCUUCUCAGACCUGCUUCACCUGCAUGGCCUCGUUCUGUGAGGAACACCUGAGACCUCACAGGGAGAACCCGAGAUUUCAUCUCCACCAGCUGAGUGAGUCGGUGAUCGACCUCUCUGAACGCAUCUGUCCCGACCACCACAAGCUGUUUGAGCUCUUCUGCAACCAGCAUGACCGCUUAAUCUGCAGCCUCUGUCUCCAACAAGCCCACAAAGGCUGUGACUUCAUGACGACUGAGGAGCGGAGGAACGUCAAAGAAGCUGAAUUGAGAGACAAAUUAGGUUCGCUGGAUGGGAAGAUUGAGAAGAAUGAGGCGGUUAUUUCUAAGAUAAGUGACAUUCAGAGCAAGCUGAAGGAUGCAGCUGCCAACAAGAAGAGAGCUUUGGUGGGCGAGUAUCAGCUGAUACGGGACAUGUUGGAUCGAGAGCUUUCUGAAGCUCUGAGCGUGGUCGACCUCGAGCUGGCGAGUGGUCAGGCAAAACUUCGGAAUCACACAAAGAAGUUUACUGAGAACGUGGAGAAGAUGAGCAAAGUUAAAGAAGAGCUCAGCAGUCUGCUGACCCAAACUCAAACGCUGGCUUUCUUACAGGCUUCAUUUGACCUGCCCUCAGUUGUGAAGUUUGACCCUUAUGCCCCUCGAAUGCACCUGGACUCUAAGAAGGUCAUAGCAGUGCAGACCUUUGCUGCCAUCCUGAAGGAGCAGCUGACGGAGCUCCUCAAACAGCCGGUUGAAGCUCGACUCCCAACGGUCAACCCAGAUGAAAAUGCUGGUGAGAACGAAGCCGCUGCCUCAUGCACAGAGUGCGCCACCGCCGCCUCGCGAGCCGAGAGUGCCGCCGCCUCGCGAGCCGAGAGUGCCGCCGCCUCGCGAGCCGAGAGUGCCGCCGCCUCGCGAGCCGAGAGUGCCGCCGCCUCGCGAGCCGAGAGUGCUGCCGCCGCCUCGCCAGCCGAGAGUGCUGCCGCCGCCUCGCCAGCCGAGAGUGCUGCCGCCGCCUCACAAGUCCAGAGUGCCACCGCCGCCUCGCGAGCCCAGAGUGCCGCUGUCUUGCGAGCUGAGAGUGCUGCUGCUCAGCUUGAAGCUGAAUUGUUCAAAAUUCGCCACCGUUGGAGUUUUUAUGAACAAACGCCAAAAGUCCAUAAGCAAUCCCAGCAUGCCCCAGGAGAUGCAGCCUACUCCUCCAGGGGUCCCAGAGUUCCUUCAAGCCAAAAGACAUAUCAUCACGGCAGUAAGCCUCACAGCGGGCGAGAAGGUGGUCAGGCCAAAGACAAGCCAAAGGACAAGCCCAAAGACAAUCCAAAGGACAAGCCCAAAGACAAGCCAAAGGACAAGCCAAAGGACAAGCCCAAAGACAAGCCAAAGGACAAGCCCAAAGACAAGCCAAAGGACAAGCCCAAAGACAAGCCAAAGGACAAGCCCAAAGGGAAUCAUGUACAAAAACCCGCUGGCAAGACCAAGAAAACAUAAGUACACUUAUCAGUGUUCAUGCAGCAGCAUGUGUUUGCACGAUUUGCCCUGAUCAUUGGCAUUUGUUGGGUUUAGAAAUUUCAGAGUAUUUGUUUGUUUGUGAUGAAAAUGUGUUGCCGAUAAACGAAAGCCAAAUGAC